GGUCAUUGUAACCUGCCCAGUAACAGAGGCACCAAUCCUGUACUGGACUGGUCACUACCGACCAGGAGCUUCACUGCUCUGCUCUGGCUUUGCUUGAGACUGACCAGAAUUUGACCCAUUUAAGGAAUCUGGGUGACCCAAGGUUGAAGAGCUACCAGCUGUUGCUAUGGAAGUGGCUGAAGACGUGCACAGUGACAUUGAGUCAGAUCGUGGCCUUGAGAAUCCAGCUGCUACCUCCUCGCAGAGAGGGUCCUGUGACCUCAACUUUGAUGCUGUGGUAUUUGACAUUCUCAUGGUGACUCCAGAAGAAUUUGCGAGUCAAAUCACCCAACUUGACAUUCCGAGCUUCAGAGCCAUUCGACACCAGGAGUUGUCUGAUUGCAGUUGGAACAAGAAAGAGAAACACACUUUGGCUCCCAACGUGGUUGCUUUUACCAGGAGAUUUAACCAGGUCAGUUUCUGGGUCAUCCAAGAGAUUCUCACCAAACAGUCACUGAAAAGAAGAGUGGAAGUUGUCGGGCAUUUUAUCAAAAUUGCAAAAAAACUUCAGGGUCUCCAUAAUCUUCAUGGGUUGAUGGCAGUCGUUUCAGCGUUACAGAGCACUCCGGUGUUCAGAUUGUCAAAAACGUGGGCGCUGUUGAGCAGGAAAGAUAAGGCUGUGUUUGAAAAGCUGCAGACUCUGAUGUCCAGCGACAAUAACUAUAAAGAGCUCCGAGAUUACAUCAACUGCUUGAAAGAGACACCAUGUAUUCCAUAUUUAGGGAUUUACUUGUCUGACCUCACCUACAUUGAUGCUGCAUUUCCACAAUCGACAGAAACCUUGGAGAAGAAGCAUCGCUGUGAUCUGAUCAAUAAUGUUUUACGUGUCAUCUUUGACUUUCAGCAGUUCUGUGAAUAUGAUCUUCCAACAUUGCCUCAUGUGGAGAAAUACCUGAAUUCCCAGAGAUACAUUGAGGAACUGCAGGGAUUCUUGGAGCAGGACAACUACAGACUGUCUCUGAAGAUCCAACCUGCAACAUGUGCUCAGCAUCCGGUUUCCACGAGAGACUCUCGAGGCUCCCUCUCCGCCAGUGAGGAAACGAAACCUUGUCAUGGUGAUGCCUCGGUCACAUAUCUGUGUUUAACGCGAGGGCACCGAAGAUGGCGGAGUGUUGAUUACAAAGCUGGACAGACAAACACCAGCAAUCACAGAAGUGCCACGUUUCCUGGCUCUUGGCCUCGGUAUCUCCUCGAUGACAGUGAGAUGGAAGGUGAUGCAUCGUGGGUGAUGCAGGCGAGGGCCUCCCAGGAAGAAAGCUGUGACGUUGGAGAGAGAAAACCCUGUUCAUCUUUUGAACGCAACAGUGGGUUCUACUGCUCCCUGGGCCGUGUGACAAGGUCAAUGUGGAACCCUCUGAGGAGCCCGAUCGGAGCCAUGCUGCAUCCUGACGGAGGGGCAACAACUAUGGAAAGUGUGCUGAGAAGGAAAACUGUCCUGAAAGACAGCAGGAAGCCAGCGGUAAGGGGAGCAAUGAGACAUUUAUGUUCUGCUUGGUUUCUGACCUUGUUUCCUGAUGUUAGCUGAAACAGUUUCAGUUGGUUAUAAAUUCUGUAACAGAGCCAUUGGUACUAAUCAAUGUUUGAUUCUUGCUAGCCCCCAGCUUCUGUUGGGUAAUGUGCUUGUAAUUUUAUAUUUUGUGCUGGGACUGAAAUACCUUUUUC